AAUACCCGUCCCAUCGGUCGACGCCCUCUGAUAAAAAUCUGGCAGAAACCGAACCGUAGAGCCCGAGCCUCGCGGUCGCGGAUCCGUCCUGCAAAUCUCCUCUCAUACUUCUCCACCGGAUCCCUGUAAGAUUCCCGGAGAUGUCGGACGAGGAGCACCAGUUCGAGUCCAAGGCCGACGCCGGCGCCUCCAAGACCUACCCGCAGCAGGCCGGCACCAUCCGCAAGAACGGCUACAUCGUCAUCAAGGGACGUCCCUGCAAGGUUGUUGAGGUCUCCACUUCCAAGACUGGGAAGCAUGGGCAUGCCAAGUGCCACUUUGUUGGCAUUGACGUUUUCACUGGAAAGAAGCUUGAGGAUAUUGUUCCUUCUUCUCACAACUGUGAUGUUCCCCAUGUUGAUCGCACUGAGUAUCAGCUGAUUGACAUCACUGAAGAUGGAUUUGUGAGCCUUUUGACUGACAGUGGCAACACUAAGGAUGACCUCAGGCUUCCGACUGAUGAAGCUCUGGAAGGCCAGAUCAAGAGCGGAUAUGAUGAUGGAAAGGACCUCCUCCUGACGGUGAUGUCUUCCAUGGGCGAGGAACAGAUCUGCGCUGUCAAGGAGAUCGGGGGCAAGAACUAAAGCCGCUGCUGCUGUCUCGUGUGCUUAGAGUUGAGAUGCAUAGAUAAAGCGUAUAAGUUAUCUGUGGUUUUGGGUUUACCUGGAAAUUUGUCGAGGUGGUUGGUGUUACUACUCUACUUGGUUAGCGAUCUGUGGUAUUCUUUUCAA